AUGUUGUCUCAAAGGUUCUGGUGCCUCGGCGCCACUCUUUUAUCUACCUUUUCUCAACUUGCCAGCGCCGACAUCCCUGACCAGGCUAUCGAGCUCGAUCUUAUCUUCCCUCGCAAGGACGGAAAAUACGGCGAGGCAUCAAAGGGCUACCCCGUUCUCCUCAACAUUCAGAACCCAGACGUCGCCUAUCACUACGGUUACGGUUUCGUAUGGGAUAUCUAUUCGAGGAACAAGAACUCUUAUCUUCGCACUGCCGCCCACGGCUCUCUUGGAGCUACCAUUCUGAACAACACCGAGUUCGGUAACAAUCCCCACCUUGAAGUCGGCUACACCGGCCACCUUGCUCCCGGCGACUACACUUUUGCCUGGGUUUUUGGUAUGGGUGCGCAAUGCGAGAUCACUGAGCAACCCUUUUACAGCGAGUUCAAUCUGAACCCGCGCAUCAGCAACGGAAGCUUCGACUUCUCGGUCGAGAAGGACGGCUCCGAGCCUACUUUCACCAAGACCUGCCCGGAGCCGGUCGGUAUCCUCAGCUAUGCCUCGACGACAACCUACAAUUCUGAGGCUACCAGCGUCUGUGGCGUCACCGCGACAGCUACACACGACGCAGAGCCCUGCAAGGCUACCCUCAGCAACGAGCAGGCAACUAGUGUUUACAGCGAGCUCGGAUAUGCCGCCGCAACUGGAUCCUCAAAGGGCGCUGCUGACUCGAACUUGCCUUCCAACUCGGUCGCCUGGUUGGCUGGUCUUCUUGUAACCUUUGCUGUCAUGGCAUAA